AUGAUUGAUAACGAUGAGUUUUUUGAUGAGUGCCUUAGAGAGCAUAAUAAAUAUAGAAAGUUGCAUAGGGUCGAACCUUUACGCCACAGCAUAGCGCUGGACAAAACGGCGCAGGAAUGGGCCGAAACACUUUUUCAAAGAGACAAUGUUACUAAUAGCCCUCUAUCAAAUAAGGGGGAAAUCGGUGAGAGCAUAAGUAAGCGAACAAGUACCUCAGAUGAGGUAGACAUUUCAGGAUCUGAUCUCACUGCUCAAUGGUACAAUGAUAUUCGCAGUUACGACUUUGACUGCGCUACUGGUCCAGCAGGCAAUUUUACACAGAUGGUUUGGGCAGCUACUAGAGAGGUGGGAUUUGGAAAGGCUUGCGGUAACGGACGAUGCGUUGUAGUUGCUCAUUACCGACCUCCUGGCAAUGUUCGAGGUCGUUAUAAAAAUAAUGUGUUCCCGCGAGUUGAUGGAAAAGCAAACGAGCUCUCUAAUCCUGGUCCUGAACAUAUUGCGAAAAAGUCAGUCACAAGGGGAAAACGUGUCGAUGCUCAAGGUCAAGAACGAACGGUUGUUCGUGAAGUAAUCGAAACGAAAAAUGCGGACGGAAAUAUUCACCGUCGUAUUAUUGAGAGCUUUGUGGAUGAAGACGACUCUGCACGGUAUUCCAGCCAACAGAACGGCCUACUUUCACCACAGGCUAUUCCACCCCGACCAUCAAAGCAGUCGCUUUUGGAAUUCUCCGAGGAUGUGCUCAAAAUUCACAACCGGUACCGAAGACUCCAUGGCGCACCCGAUCUCGUUCUCAGGAGCCGACUGAAUGCGAUGGCACAGGAAUGGGCGGAGUUUCUUGUUGAUGAGAUAUGCCUUUCCAACAGCGGAUUCACCAUCGAUGGAGUACGUCUGGGCGAGAAUAUCACCAGUCGAUGGUCCAACGGUGAACUAGAGGAGUCAGCAAACGAUGUGGUCUCAAACUGGUACCAAGAGUCGUCUCGAUUUAAGUACGGACGAGAACCGGUCAGUAUACAGGGUGUUGGCAACUUCACACAACUGGUGUGGGCCUCCUCCCGAAAUCUGGGCGUAGGGCGAGCCACUCGAAUAGCUCGAAACGAGGAGUCAACAGCGGAGAAAAACCGCCUCCUUUCCUCUAAAAUCGUAGUUGUCUGUUUCUACUUUCCUCCCGGCAAUGUGGCCUCUUACUUCAAUGACAACGUUCACCCCCCUCUCGUCGAAGAGGGCACUUCCGGUCAAUCCACCUCCGCGUUUACAUCCAAUCAGCCUUCUUCACUUGCCAACGCAACCUAG